AUGUUUAUGUUGAGCUUCGCUAGCCAAACACUCCGUUAAUACUAGGUGAUAGCAACGUUCAAAUCAAUCAAUUCAAAUAUAAACCCCCAAAACCUAAACCCCAAGAAAAAGGGGCAAAAGAAAAAAAGGGCAAAAUUAGAGCAAAUCCAAACCCACACUCAUUUUCGGCUUCUUCCCUUCCAUUUGAAGCAAAGGUUUUUUUCGAGAAUCCGUCCUAUGUUUUCUCUGCUGACGACGACAAAAUUCACCGAAUAAUCUCUCAACUCAGACACCUAAUUAUACCGAAAUCUACCAUCCCACCGGAUUCCGAGUUUCAAAAUGUCGCCGCCGGUGAUCGCGCCGCAGCCCGCUUUCGAAUUCGAUAAACCCGAUUCAGCUCAGAGCUCAGAAUCGGGGGAGAGCUUUAAUUUUUCUUCUGCUUCGACUGAUGCUGCUCGAUUUGAUUACUCGAAAAGCGGUCCCGAGAAGCCGCGCAUUUCGGGCCGAUCCAGGCCGAGGUUAAUGAAGAUGAGGAGGCGGCAAAUGCGGGACGGAAAGACUGUAAAAACUGAUUUGGGGUUGAAUGGGUUUAGUGAUGGUGGUGGGGAGAAAGAUUUUGAGGGGAAAUUGGGGAAUGCGUUUGCGACUAAUAAUGGGUGUUUGGGAUCGAAUGGAGGUGAGGGUAAGAGUCGUGGUUUGAAUGAAAACGUUGAUAAAUUUGGGAACGGGUUUAAUUUUAAUGUUGAGUUGGAUAAUUCUUUGUCUGGAUUUAUAUCAGGGAAAUUUACGCCCUUGUUUGAUGCCACUGAGAGUACCAUGCCAAGCAAGAAGCAGUCAAAAGGGAGCAAUUUUUAUUUUGAUAAAGGUAGCUCAAAUGUUGUGCAAAUGGAAUCUGGGAGUUUUGUUUUUGGAGCUUGUAAGGAGGCUCCUGUGUCAAAUCCGGAUUUGUGCGAGCAGUUUGUCUUUGGUGCUGGUGCUGGUGCUUAUAGUCGUGAUUCGAGUUUCAGUAUGAAGGAUUCGAGUGACUCAGCUUCACAAGUCAAGUUGGAGCAACAAGGUUCGCAUAAGUCUGGUUUGAAUUCAAGUGCUGAUGAGUUUGUGAAGUUUAAUGCUGUAAAUUUUGAAUUUGGUGCUAGCAAAACUGAUAAAGUUGCAGGAAGCACGAUCCACGACGUAAGGGGUAAAGUUAAAUUGGAUGGUUCUGGGGCUUCUGAAAAGGUUAGCGACCCUGGCUUCAAGUUUCCAUUCAAUGUGAGUGAUGGCAGUAUCAACGAUCUUGAGAAUAUUGUGUUCACAGAAAACACUGACUUCAAAUUCAACAUAGGAUUGGAAAAUAAAUCCUCUUGUGGAAAAGGGGAUGUGCCUAAUUUUACAAAGAGUGGGAAAGAAAAUGCAGAGAUUGGAUCUCAGUCUCAGGAUGCAUGUGUGAGUGAUGUUUUCAUUUUUGGAGGACUGAAAGGCAAGGGAGGCAUCGAUUCUGGUGGAUGUACUAGGCCUGUUAACGAGAUGAAUCAAUUGCAUAGGGAAAAGGCUGAAGAUAGUAAUUUUAAAUUUCAAACUAGUGGUAGUUUAGGUGAUUCUUUUGAUCAAGGCCCUAUACUUAAUAUAUUGAAUGAGAUGAAGAAACUGAACAUUGGUGAUCCUGAAGCGGAUGCUUCAAGGUCUGCAAGUUUCAGUUGCAAUUCUGCAUCAGGUGCUGAUAAUGUAUUUGUGUUUGGAGGCAACCAGAAGGACUCUGGUUUGGUAGAUGAGAAUCUUCCUAGUAUGAACCGGAAGAAUCCAGAUAUGAGUUGCUUCUCACAAAAUAACUCUAAAUCCACUAGGACUUACUCAACAUUGUUUCCAUCCGCUGGAAUGGGCUUCGAGCUGAACAGUGGUUACCCAAAGGUGCCAUCUAUUGAUAAAGAUGAGAAUAGCAGCAUUAGGUUCGGAGACAAACUGGCAGGGUUAGGCUCAGAUGCAGAUUGUAUCACACCAGAUAUAAAAUUUGCAUUUUCGAGCAACAAUUUAUUCCAGGGUAUAGAUAAGUUAGGUAAUACAAAUUUUACAUCAGUUAAAGGCAAAAAAUCCAAGAAGAGAAAUGGAAAGCUAGGACAAAAAACCGUUGUCCAACAGUUGUUUCCACAGAGUCAGAUAACUAAGGAAGGCAGUUCCCAGCAAAAUCAUGUGUCUCCUGGUUUCGGUUCGCCCAUGGAUUUUUCACCGUAUCAAAAUACAAGUGCCAGCAAUGCACCAGAGGCAGACACUGCCUGUGGAGUAAAAGGAGAAUCUUCUGCAAACAAGAUUUUUUUUUCAGAGGACUCGGAAAAUCCUGAAGAUGACAAGAGCAAUUCAGUUUUUUCUCCUUCAUUGCCUGCAGAAGAUGGCCUGUCAGCAGUAAAACGCCAAUACAAGAAAAAGUAUAGGCUGAAAGUUGGUUUAAAUCCCACCGUGCAAGGAAACAAUUCGAAAAAAGAAAAUGGUAAGCAGGAACCUACUGGGACUUCUAGUGAAGUAUGCGAGCAUUGGCGAAUAAGGGGGAAUGAGGCUUAUCAUGCCGGGAAACUUUCUAAAGCAGAGGAAUUUUACUCGAUGGGCAUCAGUUCUGUUCCACAUGUUAGUGCCACAGGAUACCCCUUGAAACCACUCUUACUGUGCUAUAGCAACCGUGCAGCCACACGAAUGUCACUUUUAAGGAUGAGGGAAGCCAUAGCAGAUUGUACAAAAGCAUCUGAGCUAGACCCAGACUUUAUGAAAGUUAUAUUAAGGGCUGGAAAUUGCCAUUUGGUGUUGGGAGAAGUUGAAGAUGCCAUCCAGUGUUACAGUAAUUGCUUGAGAGCCGGGGACAGCAUUUGCUUGGAUAGGAGAUUUACAAUUGAAGCUGCUAGUAGCCUGCAAAAGGCAGAGAAAGUAGCCGAGUGUAUGCAUCAAUCUGCCACGCUCUUGCAAGAAGGAACUGAUGAUGCGGCAGGCAGGGCUCUGGGGAGCAUUGAAGAGGCCUUGUCGACAAGCCGUUAUUCAGAGAGAUUGCUUCAGAUGAAAGGAGAGGCCAUGUACAUUUUGCGGAUGUAUGACGAAGUGAUCCAACUUUGUGAGCAAACUCUUGAUAUUGCCGAGAAGAACUUUGGUGCUGAUCUUUUGGCCAAUCCCAGCAAUAGUUCUCAUGUGAAGUUGUGGAGGUGGCGCCUGCAGAGUAAGUCCCACUAUCGUCAAGGAAGGCUUGAUUUGGCUCUUGAUUUGAUUGAAAAACAAGAAAAAGUGCCUAUCAGCUCAAAGUCUGGAGAUGUAACUGGGGAAUCCUCCAUUGUUUUAGCCGCCAAUAUUCGCGAACUCUUAUCCUUAAAAAAAUCAGGAAAUGAAGCCUUCAACUCUGGAAGGUAUACAGAAGCUAUAGAUAAUUAUACCACUGCCAUAUCAAAAAGUUUUGAAUCACGAGCUUUUAUGGCUGUCUGCUACUGCAAUCGUGCGGCUGCAUACCAAUCACUCAGCCAAAUAGUUGAUGCCAUUUCAGAUUGUAGUGUAGCAAUAGCCCUUGACGAGGACUACGCAAAGGCAAUUUCCAGGAGAGCUACUUUGCAUGAAAUGAUUAGGGAUUAUAAACAAGCACUGAAUGAUAGUCAGAGAUUAGUCUCUCUUCUUGAAAGUCAAUCUCAAAGCAAAAAUCAGAGCAGAUCAAGUGGAGGCAGUGGUGUUAGGGAUUUAAGAAAAGCUCGUCGUCGUCUUGCCACUAUUGAAGAGAAGGCUAAAAAGGAAAUUCCUUUGGAUCUUUACCUCAUUCUGGGAAUCAAAGCAUCUGAUGCUGAAUCCGAGAUUAAGAAGGCCUACCGGAAAGCUGCUCUCAGGCACCAUCCUGAUAAGGCUGGUCAGGUUUUGGUAAGGAGUGAUGCUGGUGAUGAUGGGAAAUUAUGGAAAGAGUGUGGUGAAAAAAUUCACAACGAUGCUGACAGGCUGUUCAAGAUCAUUGGGGAGGCAUAUGCUGUACUCUCAGAUUCUUUCAAGCGGUCCAAGUACGAUAUGGAAGAGGAGAUAAGGAACAACGACAGAGACAGCAACAGAAAUGGUAGCUGUGGACAUCCAUCGACAUCUUACAGUUCUCCAUACGAGAACAGAACUUGGUCGGCCAGAUCCGGUACUUACAGCACUUCAUUUGGAGGAAGAAGCAGCAACAGCAGACGGAACUGGUACGAAGCAUACCCAAAAACUUACAGCUACUCGCGUUCACAAUGGUAGAGGGCAAGAAUUGCUCGUGAACAACGGAGAUAUGGAAAUGGCGCAUCACCUGGGAAAUCCAGAUCGCAGGGAAGAUGAUGCAACAGUGUUUGUGAAGCUGCACUUCAUGCAAAGGAGCUCUGCCCCAUGAGGCCUUGCGAUGGCAAGCGGGUCAUACACAUGUAAUUUGAUGGUUUAUUUGAGAAAUUGGUCCCGCAGAUGAAAUUUUUUGGGAACACAUUUCACAUCAUGGUGAAAAUAAAGGUCGAUGUUUUUGUUCUUUCA